CCCGCCAUUUUGUUAGUGCGGGGAGAGCGAAGGAGGCAGGAGCCAGCGAGGAGAGGCACGGCAGCAGCGACCACCACGGCCCCGAAACGCGCCCGGGCGGACAGGGCGGCGGACAACCGGGACGGAAACGCGCCAGCCGCGUUAGGAACCCGGAGAAGGGCGAUUGUCUGGCGAAAAUCCGAGCAAGGAGCGCAAAGGAGAGGCGGAAGAGGGCAAACAUUUAAACGGAGGAGAGUCUGCGGAGGAGAGGAAACGGCACAGCGCUAGAUUUCUACACUGCCUCCGCUCGCCGAGCGGAAAUUCUCUGCACCGCGCAACGAAAUGACCGAGCCGGUCGCUUUCGGAGGACCAGAAACGUGAAGAAAAGAGCAGAGAACUGCGCGAGGCAGGGGGACAUUUUAAAGGGAUGAACGCGCAGGGGGGCUCACAGCAUCACAAAGACUAUGAAAGCUUUUUGAGGACCCCCAGAUAUGUGGGGGUGCAGCUGGCAAUCCUGUUCGCACCCGAGGCUUUGCGUUCCUAAUAUUCAUGCAACCGCGCUCGCUAUAUACGAUUUUACCCCUUCGUCGUAUUCUGUGGGUCUCGGCUGCUGGACGACUCCUCAGUUCUUGUGCUGAGCGCUUGUUAGUUCAUCACGCAGUGGCACGUUUAUUUUUGCAAGAGCCGUCAGUAAGUUGAAACUAAUUUUUAACACGGACGAGAAAAUACAGGAUUUCACUUCUAAUAUUACGCCUGCCACAUUCUCGGUACGCCACUAAUGACACUUUUUUGCAAAAAGGGUCCGCAGAGAAACGACUAAUUGGAGCAUUUUCCCCCCACCAUUAGGCAUCGGUAUCGAACUGAAAUGUUUUCCGUGCACGCAUGAACUUUGAACGUUGUUUUGGUGGUGUGUGCAUUUCCAAGCCUACAAGCAACGGGGGGAGAUUUGGGGCAAAGAUUUUACCCCCGUCUCGUGCAUUGGGUGUAUUCAUGCACAAAUCCAGGCCUACACGUUCUGUCACAAAACACUAAACCUUGAGCGGGGUUAACGCAAUACCCCCUACAAACUUAAUGUUCAGAAACACAAGUGUUAACACAGACAUUAGACUACACGCAGGGAAAAACAGGCUGCUGGAGUUGGGUCGCACGCCUGGCACUUCGUCAACUCUGGUAUUUAGUCUCGGCGGUAUUGCACGCCUGUUAACUGGUGUUUGUUCUGCAAAAGCACAAACGAGUCUUUACCGAGGCAGGGCUACGUCUUUGGUGCCCGUGUUCGUUUUGUUCACUGAAUAACUGUUCCUUUACGCAUUUCCAGUCGCCAAAGUACUGCAGUUGUUUCUUCUUAAAGAAAACUGACUGAUUGGGAGACCCCCGAUGUUCAGAUUACAGGCUCAGAUCAAACCAUCAUGUUGGAAAGAAGCCGCAGUGAGUGCGAGGCACGCCGCGACCAGACGGAGAAUUUCUGUGUCCUGGGCAUUUUUAUGACCAGCGCAUGAAAGGGAUUUCGCGACCUUGCCCCCCCGGAGCUGCCUGGCGUCCGAGUUGAUCAAAUCCCCAUCUAUCGGCCACAGAGGCUCAGUGUCGGGGCGAUGUGUCCGCCGAGGCUCCGUGAGCGCAAAGCGGACCUCCAGCCAUGUUGUAGUGUAGUAAUACCGAAAGGAAAGGGGGGUUUAAUCAGGAGCUGAAGGGAGGAGAGCGUGUUUGUAUGACACUUUCCCCAUCGUCCCAUGAAAAAGGAGUUCCGCGAGACCGGCGCGUUUGGAGAAGGGAAUUAUUUAAACCCCGACGAAGACUUCAGACGAGGGGAUUAAACAUCAUCCUUUGUGGAUAUAUGAUUUAGUUGUAAUUUGUGAGGUGGAAAUAUGGCCGAUAGUGUUUUGGACUCCGGCCCGCCUUCAGCCAAGAGGCCUAAACUCUCUUCUCCGGCUCUGUCCGUCUCCGCCAGCGAUGGGAACGAUUUCGGCUCCCUCUUCGAUCUGGAGCACGAUCUCCCUGACGAGCUCAUUAACUCAUCGGUCCUGGCGCUCUCUAACGGAGCAGGUGACCCCGGACACGCCCCCUCAGGGAUGCUCCCCCCCGGGCCACUGGGCGUCCCGCUCCCAGAUGCCGCGUCCAAGCACAAGCAGCUCUCUGAGCUGCUCUGCUCCGGAGCCCCAUCCGCUCACUCGGCCUCCAGUAGCCCCAGCAGCGCAGCCUCCCUUGGGCUUUUAGGCUUGAGUGGCUCCCCUGGAGCCCAGGGUCUGGGCCACCUUCCCCCACCGCCACAGCAGCAAGCGGGCGUCAUGGCGCCGGUCGCCAUGGCGUCUGGCCUGAGCAGGGGCAUGGCGGGAGGCCAGAAGGGGCACGGUCAGGUGCAAGGCAUGAUGGGAGGGCAGAUGAUGAACGGGGCGCCCGGGAUGGGCUAUACCAACAUGGCGAGCGCGGGGAUGGCGGACCUCUCCCAGCAGCAGCAGGUGGGCCAGGCCAUGCUCAGGAAUCAGCAACCAGGAGCCACAAACAAGAUGAGUGUGAUGUCUGGUGUAGGCUCCGGGAUCUAUGUGGCUGGGUACGGUCAGUGCGGUGCUCAGUCUCUUGCUGCUCCCCACCAGAACAAAGCUACACUUCCCAACAGCCUCAGCCAAUUCAACAUGGACAAGAAACCCCAGCCUGGCCAGAACAUCCCCGGCCUGGCUGGUUCGAGCGCGGCGAGCGGUGUGUCCAGUCCGGGCGGCGCAGUAGCGCCCCCUACGGCCGACCCGGAGAAGCGGAAGCUGAUCCAGCAGCAGCUGGUCCUGCUGCUCCACGCCCACAAGUGCCAGCGUCGGGAGCAGGCCAACGGGGAGGUACGCCCCUGUGCUCUGCCCCACUGCAGGACCAUGAAGAACGUGCUCAACCACAUGACCCACUGCCAGGCCGGCAAGUCCUGCCAGGUGGCUCACUGUGCCUCCUCCAGACAGAUCAUCUCUCACUGGAAAAACUGCACCAGGCAGGACUGUCCUGUCUGCCUCCCGCUCAAGAACGCAGGAGACAAGAGGAGCCAGCAGUCUAUGCUGGGCGGAGCUGGGAUGGCUCUGGGCGGGACAGUGGGUGGAUCAGUCUCAGGAGGCUCGCCCACUGCCCCCAACCUCAACCCCCCAGGUCAGAUCGACCCGAGCUCCAUUGAGCGUGCGUAUGCCGCCCUGGGACUCACCUACCAGGGCACUCAGGCGUCUGGGCAGACUCCUCUCUCCCCCGCUGCCACGGGUCAGACCACCGGCAUGAGGCCGCUGACCACCGUCGGUGCUAACCCAAUGGGUAUUAACGGUGGUAUUGGGGUUCCGGCCCAAAACCAACAGUCCAACCUUCUGCCAGACCCCCUGCUGCAUCGGAACAUCAACACUCAUAGCCUAAUGAAUGAGUGUGGAGCGGUGGGUUCUGGGGGCUCUGUUCCUGUGGCCACACCCCCGUCCACAGCAGGGAUGAGGAAGAGCUGGCAUGAGGACAUCACGCAGGACCUGCGAAACCACCUCGUGCACAAGCUUGUGCAGGCCAUCUUUCCCACCCCUGACCCUGCUGCCUUAAAGGACCGUAGGAUGGAGAACCUAGUGGCAUACGCCCGCAAGGUGGAGGGGGACAUGUACGAGUCUGCCAACAGCAGGGCGGAGUACUACCAUCUCCUAGCGGAAAAGAUCUACAAGAUCCAGAAGGAGCUGGAGGAGAAGAGAAGAACCAGGAUGCAGAAACAGGGCCUAACGAGCCCACCGAGCAUGGCCUCCAGCUCGCUACAGCAGCAGUCGGGGCCACAGAACGGGCCAUUGGCAGAUCCAUCGCUUGUUCGACCCACUGGACCAAACCAGAUGGUCAACAGAAUGCAGACUCCUGCUGGUAUGAAUCAGUUUGGCCAGAUGGGGGUGCAGGGGAUGACCCAGAGGUCCACACCCCCCCUGCCCGUGGGGGCCAGUCUGGGCCAGAUGGGUAUGCAGGCAUCUCCCCGGACGGGUCAGCCAAGCGCGGGCCAGAACCAGCUGCAGAACCAGUUUAUGCAGAACCAGAACCAGUUCCCAGGAGCUGGUCCCACCUCGCUGCAGGCCAGCAUGGGUGUGAGCCAGGCGGGAUCUCAAGGAACGUCGCCUCAGAUGGCUACACCCCCAUUGUUGCCAGUCAGCAGUCCGUCGAUCCAGACUCCGCCCAUGGUACCGGUACCAGCCUCUGGCCCCCCAGGGGGUCCCUUGGGGCCUUCCUCCACCCACCCCCCAUCUUCACAGGCCCCUAAUUCUCACACACACUGCGCACCAAACCUCGGCACACACACACACGGCCCGCACCUGCAGCGAAGCACGUCCUCCCCUGCCGGGAGGCUCACGCCCACACCUCAUCAGACCCCGCCCCCAUUGACUGGCAACCACACGCCGCAGCCGCACACGCCAAACCCGAGUACCAUGGCUCCUCCCAUCCCUCAGCAAGUACAGCAGCCAGAGAGAGCCAAUCAACUACAGGCACAGGGAGGUGGAGCCUCUGGGGUCCCCCAGGCGGGGCUACCGUCCUCUGCGCUUUCCCAGAAUGCUCUGGGACUGAAUGCUCACCCUCACACUCCGCCAUCUCAGAAAUCAUCUCUAGGGGCGGAAGGUCAGGUGUCGACCCCGACCUCGGUCAGUUCUGCUGACCCCAACCCCCAGCUAACCUCUGCAGAUGGGCCCACUCUCUCAGACUUUAAAACUGAGGUCAGACAGCAGGAGGAAGAGGAGGAGAGUGAGGCAGAGGGUAAAGCCUCAGGCAAGAUGGCUGCCAUGAAGGGCGAGAUGAAGAGCGAGGAAAAACCAGAGAUUAAGAAGGAGGAGCCAUCUGGUGAUGCCUGUAAGGCGGAGUCUAUGGAGACAUUGGUAGGGGCAGCUGGAGAUGACCGGAAGCCAGAGAUGAAGACUGAACCCAAGGAGGAAGAGGAAGAUGUGGCGACAACGAACAGCUCCACAGUGAGCGCACAGAGCAAGAAGAAAAUCUUCAAGCCUGAGGAGGUGCGGCAAGCCCUGAUUCCGACUCUGGAGGCUCUGUACCGGCAGGACCCCGAGUCCCUGCCCUUCAGGCAGCCUGUAGACCCCCUGCUCCUGGGGAUACCCGACUACUUUGACAUCGUGAAGAACCCGAUGGAUCUGUCCACCAUCAAGCGAAAGCUGGACACGGGUCAGUACCAGGAGCCCUGGCAGUACGUGGACGACGUGUGGCUCAUGUUCAACAACGCCUGGCUCUACAACCGCAAGACGUCGCGCGUCUACAAGUACUGCUCCAAGCUCGCUGAGGUGUUCGAGCAGGAGAUCGACCCCGUCAUGCAGGGCCUUGGCUACUGCUGUGGGAGGAAGCUGGAAUUUUCUCCUCAAACUCUGUGCUGCUAUGGGAAACAACUCUGCACAAUCCCCCGAGACGCUUCCUACUUCAGCUACCAAAACAGGUACCACUUCUGUGAGAAGUGUUUCAACGAAAUCCAGGGCGACAGCGUAUCCCUGGGUGACGACCCCACACAGCCUCAAACCUCCAUUAACAAGGACCAGUUUCAGAGGAAGAGGAACGACACUCUUGACCCAGAACUGUUUGUGGAAUGUACCGACUGUGGACGUAAAAUGCAUCAGAUCUGUGUGCUGCACAACGAGACGAUAUGGCCGUCUGGGUUUGUGUGCGAUGGCUGUUUAAAGAAGUCCAACAAGACGAGGAAGGAGAACAAAUACUCGGCCAAACGACUUCCUCAAACAAAACUGGGAAGUUUUCUAGAGACGCGUGUAAACGACUUUCUCAAGCGGCAGAGUCAUCCGGAGACCGGUGAUGUCACCAUCCGGGUGGUGCACGUCUCUGACAAGAUUGUGGAGGUGAAACCGGGAAUGAAGUCCAGGUUUGUGGACAGUGGGGAGAUGGCGGAGUCGUUCCCGUACCGAACAAAGGCGCUGUUUGCCUUCGAGGACACAGAUGGGGCAGACGUGUGCUUUUUCGGCAUGCACGUGCAGGAGUACAGCUCAGACUGCCCUCCACCCAAUCAGAGACGUGUAUACAUCUCCUACCUGGACAGUGUUCACUUUUUCCGUCCGCGUCAGCUGAGGACGGGCGUGUAUCACGAGAUCCUCAUAGGUUACCUGGAGUACGUGAAGAAACAGGGCUUCACCACGGGACACAUCUGGGCAUGUCCUCCCAGCGAAGGUGACGACUACAUCUUCCACUGCCACCCGCCGGAGCAGAAGAUCCCCAAGCCCAAGCGUCUGCAGGAGUGGUACAAGAAGAUGCUGGACAAGGCGGUGGCCGAGCGGAUCGUGCACGACUACAAGGACAUUUUCAAGCAGGCGACGGAGGACCGCCUGACCAGCGCCAAGGAGCUGCCGUAUUUCGAGGGAGAUUUCUGGCCCAACGUCCUGGAGGAGAGCAUUAAGGAGCUGGAGCAGGAGGAGGAGGAGCGCAAGAGGGAGGAGAACAGCACCUCCAGCGAGAGCGUCGACGCCACUACGGGUGACAGCAAAAACGCCAAAAAAAAGAACAGCAAGAAAACAAGCAAGAACAAGAGCAGCCUGAGCCGCACCAACAAGAAAAAAGCGGGAAUGCCCAACGUCUCCAACGACCUGUCCCAGAAACUCUACGCCACCAUGGAGAAACACAAGGAGGUGUUCUUCGUCAUCCGCCUGAUCGCGGGCCCUGCCGCCAACUCGCUGCCGCCCAUCUCCGACCCGGACCCCCUGCUGGCCUGCGAUCUGAUGGACGGGCGGGACGCCUUCCUGACGCUGGCGCGCGACAAGCACCUGGAGUUCAGCUCUCUGCGGCGGGCCAAGUGGAGCACCAUGUGCAUGCUGGUGGAGCUCCACAACCAGAGUCAGGACCGCUUCGUCUACACCUGCAACGAGUGCAGGCACCACGUGGAGACGCGCUGGCACUGCACCGUCUGCGAGGACUACGACCUGUGCAUCACCUGCUACAACACGAAGGGCCACGAGCACCGCAUGGAGAAGCUGGGUCUGGGUCUGGACGACGAGAGCGGCAGCCAUGCGGCCGCCACCGCCCAGAACCCCGGGGACUCGCGGCGCCUGAGCAUCCAGCGUUGCAUCCAGUCUCUGGUGCACGCCUGCCAGUGCCGCAACGCCAACUGCUCGCUGCCGUCCUGCCAGAAGAUGAAGCGGGUGGUGCAGCACACCAAGGGCUGCAAGCGCAAGACCAACGGCGGCUGCCCCAUCUGCAAGCAGCUGAUCGCGCUGUGCUGCUACCACGCCAAGCACUGCCAGGAGAACAAGUGCCCCGUGCCCUUCUGCCUCAACAUCAAGCACAAGCUCCGCCAGCAGCAGCUGCAGCACCGGCUGCAGCAGGCGCAGAUGCUCCGCAGGCGCAUGGCCACCAUGCAGCGCGCAGGCAAGCCUCCCGGGAGCACGACGCUGCCAGGAGGCCUGCCGUCGCCGGGCGGCGCCGGGGCCACGGACCGCUGCACGCCCACAUCAACCGGCGCCCAGCCCUCCGCACCCCAGACGCCCACGCAGAGUGCGGUGGCCCUGCCGCAGGCUGGUGCCGGGGCCGCUCGGGGCGCCAGUCCCCAGCAGCAGCAGGCGGGAGAAGCGCCGGCCCGGCCCCCGGGCCAGGCGCCAUACCAGCCCGCGCCCGGUGCCCAGGCCCAGCACGGCCCGCGGCCGCCCGUCUCCUCCCCUCUCCCGCAAUCCCAGGGCAAGUCCGGGCCGGGUCCGUCUACGCCUCCGCAGCAGGCCGGUGCGUCCGGGCCCCCCCCGGCGGCCGUGGAGAUCGCCAUGAAGAUCCAGCAGGUGGCCGACGCGCAGAGGAAGAUGGCCAAGGUCCAGCUGCUGCAGAGGCAGGCGGCCACCCAGGCCGGCAUGAUGCCGCCGCGCCCCCACCACCAGAACGCCCCGGGCCCGAUGGCCAUGCCCCACCCUGGGGCGAGCAUGGUAGCGGGGCAGAGUCUGCCCUCCCAAGGGCAGGCCUCUGUGGCCCGGGCCCAGCUGGAGCUGCAGCAGCAGGGAGCCCAGGGGAUGGUGGUGGGCCUGGGCCCCAUGACACCGGCUACGCAGGUCCAGCUUCCGCCCCCAGUGCAGAUACAGCAGAGGGCCAACGCGCAGCUCCCGCCUCCCCAGCAGCAGUGGGUGGGGCAGGGCGGGGCUCCCCAGCCCAGGGCGCCACUCGUGGGCCAGGCCAGCAUGGUCACCAUGCAGCAACAGCAGAUGCAGAUGCAGCAGCAGCAACAACAGCCGCAGCAGCAUCAACAAAUCGCCAGCCGCAACGCCCUGAUGAACAUGGUGCAGACAGGCCUGCAGGGGGGCGGGGCAGGGGGCGGGGCUCUGCCCCAGGGGGCUCUGCAGGAGCUCCUCCGCACACUGCGCUCACCCAGUUCUCCCCAGCAGCAGCAGCAGGUGCUGGCCAUCCUGCGCUCCAGCCCGCAGCUCAUGGCUGCUUUCAUAAAGCAGCGGGUGCACAAGUACAAAGGCGCCAACGCCAGGGGUCAGCCGCCGGGCGUCGACGCGGGCGGGCCCCGGGCGGCCGUGCCCGUGGGGCAGGGCUUGACCGCGCCGGGCCAGCUGGCCCAGCUCCAGCAGAGGCCGGUGCUGCAGCAGCUGAGCCAGCCGUCGCCCAGCAUGGCCAACGUGAACCCGCAGUUCAGAGAGCUGCUCAUGAGGCAGCAGCAGCAGAUGGGGAGCCACGCCGCGUUCCAGCAGCAACCGCCGCCGCCGCCGCCGGGGUUCGUGGCCCAGCCGCAGGGUUACCCGGGCAACCCCGCGCAGCCGCAGCAGAGGCUGCAGCACCAGCAGCAGCACCACCGCCUGCAGCAGGGGGCGGGACUGCCGGAUGGGGGCGGGGCGCCCCCCGCCACGCCCCCCGCGCUGCUGCAGCAGGCCUUGCGCCAGCGUCUGCUCCAGCAGCAGCAGCAGAUGGGCGGGGCGUCACCCGCACAUCAGAACAAUCCCAUGAGCCCGCAGCAGCAGCAGCAGAUGUCGCAGUCGCCCCACCUGCAGGGCCAGCAGCUCCCCGCUACGUCGCUCGGCAACCAGGCGCGCUCGCCCCAGCCGUCGCCGCGGCCGCAGCCGCACGCCCAGCCGCCAGCCCAGCCGUCUUCCCACCGCAUCUCCCCACAGACCCAGACGGGCUCGCCGCAUCCCGGCCAGCUCCCGCGCCACCUGCCUGGCAUGGCCCCGCCCCCUCCGCACCCACCGGCUCAGAACGCUAUGGAGGCUGCCGGGUUUGGCGCGGACCAGAGCAGCACGCUGCCGCAGCUGGGCGGCAUGCCGGGACUCCAUGCUGCCACAGCUAAUGACAUGAUGCCCCCUAGUGGCCAGGAGCUUGGCGUGAAUAUGAACCCACUAGACAUUAUAGUUACAGAACACAUGGAAACUCGCCAGAGACAGUGUUAGCCUUUUUAUUUUAUAUUACAGUGAUUAAUUAUUUAAAACGUUUUUCUAGUACAAACACAUUGAACUCUGACCUUCCUAUGGGAGAUGCAGUAAAUGCAAUUAAACAGAAAAGAGAAUAAGAUGUGAAUGUUAAAUUAUGGCUGUUACAGUUUUCCUCCAAUUGUGUACAAAGAAACGGUUAUUUCAUUAUUUCUCAAACUCAGAGAAUACAACACAAGUAAUAUUUUUUUGGGCUGGGUGUAGGGAAGUAUUUACCUUUUUAAAAUAUAUAUAUUUUAAGAUUUUAAAACUUUAAAAAAUGUUACGAGACAGAGUCUUUAAAAGCAUUUUUUUUUUUUUGUUCCAUGUAUCAGGCUCUGUUCUAGUUUUACCGUGUGGAGUGUUGCAAAUGCUGCAAUUACCAGUGUUUUAUUGUUAAAAUGAAUGAUCCAAACCUUGUACAGUCGGUUUGGCAUUAUGUUAUUUAUUCUAGUGUUUUCAGUUUUUGUUUCACCACACCGUUACAGUUCACAUAGAAUACAUUUUUUGUUCUAUUUUUGUUAAUACCGGUCUAAAUACGGGAGCUUUUCUUUUGUCUACAGGAAGUUUGAAAUCUUGAAUGCUGUAUGAAUCAGUGUUUGGGUGGGCAGGACUUGGUUGCGUCUAAGUGUCUGGUGGAUUAGAGGUGCGUGCGUGCGUGCAUGUUUUUCUUUGUUUAAGCCUUGUUGUGCCACAUGUGAAAUGUGCAGCCAGUGUCCACAGGGACAAGCCUCCAGAACAAGCCUGUGUGCUCCCAUUUCUCCUCCACUGCACACGUGCGUGCUCAGUCCUUAUGACACUGAGUAGUAGAGGUGUGUGUGUGCGCUCAUAUGUAUUCAUGCUACGAUGAGAUUAGAGUGUCUCUAAUUAACCCGAAAGAAGGUGAGCAUACCACUGAUCUCUCUCUUUCUCUCUCUCCUUCUGCCUCCACACUCAGAAAUUUUAUUGCUCUGAACUUUGGGAAUUUUAAUUUAAGUAUUUUUUACUGUAUAAUGAAAUUACAAACGGUGGACUCCAAACUGGUUUUGUAAUAAAAUGAAGAUGAAAUAUGUCUUCUAUAAUAGUUUGUUCAUUGGCAGGUGAUAUGGUUUAAGUUUAAACCUUUUGUUUACAGGGACUAAUAAGUAUACAUUAUGGAAUGUGUUUGUAUUUAUAUUUGUAUGCUGAUUUAUAUAACGUAUUUUAAUGGGUUCUAGUGGGCUGUUGUGUAUUAAAAUAGACUGGAUUACUUUA